AUGCGGUUUGUCUACCCUACCGCCAUCCUCUGUGGAAUUGCAGUCACAGUUCUCUCGGCUCCAAUCAACAGUGAUGGAGGUCUUAUCGCAAGAACAGAGCGGGAAUCUACCGCCGCGGUAAAGGUUCCAAACCCUCUUGACAUCGCCCCAGCAGCAGCAGAAGAAUCCCGCGAUAGAAGCCUAUCAACUUCAUUAGAAAGUCGUCGGAAGAACAAGAGAACAGGACAUAGCUUUGGAUAUCCCCGCUACUAUGAAGAUUCCUCCAAAACAAAGAGACAAUUUGGUUACGAUGAUUAUGACGACCUUGCGAUUGCGAAGCGACAAGAUAGCUUUGGUUACUCUGAUUACGAUGAGGAAAACAAGAAGAAUAAGAGAAGGGGUUUUGGCAAUGAUCAUUAG